UUCAAGAUUUAACUGAAGGAUAUGACUGUAUGGCCUCGCCCUGGGGCAAACCAAGAAGGUGGGACUUAGGCUCUCAGAACUUAAUUCAUCGAGGAACAGGAAUUUCAUCAUUCAUCGGGAAGGGUUCUGGUUUACGGAACACUGAGAUAAAGAAGAUUCCCAGAUAUGGACCUGCUGACUGGAAGAAGUCUUCCUCUUCCUCGCCAUCAUCGCACUAUGGCACCCUGCCGCGGGUCAGCAGAAGAGCCUCUGUUAUGGCACCUGGAACCAGGGCUAUUCUUGCUCGUUCAAAUAGUUCCAACAGUACAGACAACAUCUCCAGAUCCAAAAGUUUCGCUGCUAACUCUCACAGGGAAUUACCAAGAUCCAGCUCUACUACGUUAACUCCAGGCAGUGUUGAGAAGAGUCCAAUGACAUCUCAGGGUUCAUUCAGGAAAAAAAGUAUUAGGAAGUCAUACAGUACGGCUACAUUGCCAAGAAAUGCGAGGUUAUCUCGUAAUGAACCAGCAAAUUCUGCUGUUAGGUACACGGAUUCCCGGGAGAAAAGAUCAAAUUCACUGAAACGAUCUUCUUCCAAUGACUUUUCUUUGCGAUUAUCACCAGUGUCCAGUAGAUCUCCAUCCAGAGAAUCCAAACAUGAAAUAUCAAAUGCUACAAUAAGACGAUCUAUGGAGACCCGGGAAAAGCAUCGAGAUAGACCAGACAACGUCCUUCAGACCAGAAAAGGUCCUCCGAUAUCCAAACGAAACAUGAACGUUCGUGCAAAUCAAGUUAUAAGAUCCAGCUCACAAUCUGCAAUAUCAAAAUCUGGGGGAAGAAAAGUGAGUCGCUCUAAAUCUAUGGGAGUUAUAAGUGGAAAUCACGGACCUCACUCUCAGGGAAAAGAUAAGACACAACUACAUCGACUGAGUGAUAGCGAUAAUGAAACACAGAACUCCUUACAGAACCACGGUCAUCAGAGUCCAAAUGGACGAAACAAAUCAAAGUACUCUCUUCGGAGACAAAGUGAAAGCGACAGUUGUAGCGAACCUUCGGUAUUAUUUACGAGACAUGACUAUCUGAGAAAAUCUGCUAGAGGACGAUUACAAGCUCAAGAAAAUUCACGAAAUCUGAAGAAAUCUCCAGAUAUCAAAGUUGAACGGACUCGUGGGAAGGAAAAUAUAAAGAGUGUUGUACCAUAUCAGGAGAGAAACUCGCCCAUGCGGAGGGGCAGGGAGCCAAAUAAUUUCCAGAACAUUAGUCACAGGUACAAAAUAGAUAGUGAGGAUGGUGCUGAUGAUACCUUAUUCGAUUGUACACAGAUCAGUUCCGAAUCAGCUCUGAUCAGUUCUGAAUCAGAGUUUGAGGUCAUGAGACCCGAAAAGAAUAUUGUCAUAACUGAGAAGCCCUCAUUUCGGGAAAUAAGGAAUCGAAUUAGGUCACGAGAUCCUAGAGAUAUAAAAUUUCCUCGAGCAAGAUCAAUAAGUCCGGGUCGAAGACAUUGUCUAGUUCAACUUCACCAGAUAACUUUCAACCUGGAGAGACCACCAACUUGCAUGGAAUUAGCGGACUUCUAUAAAAAUCCUGUGAUGACUCCGAAGUUCAAAAAUAAGCUAAAAUCUUCAUGGCAUUCUCCGAAGUUGAAAACGAACACAAAGAAAGGAAAUCGUAAAAAAACAAGUAACAAAUACUCAUCUUCUGGUCGGCAUCGUAUUUCCUCAUCAAGUGAUGAAGCAAGCAUGAUAUCCUUCAGGGAGUAUGAAAGAAGGGUAACAACAAAUCGAACAUCAGAUUCAGAUAUGGAGUCAAAUACGAUCGGGAUCAAUCCUGGUUAUCGUGCGAAAUUGCCAAAAAAAUGUAUCUUUGCUUCAAAGUAUCAAACUAAGACAACUGUUUCUUCUGAAUCUGGUUCACAAAAUGAUACUCAGUCCAAUACAGAGUCAAAGUCAUCACUUGGUGCUGAUUCUAUGGCUAAGAUUCCAGAAAUGGUUUAUUGUGAUGCUGAUCUAGGAAAUCGCAACGAAUUUAUUGAAGAAAACUCUGAGAUACAAACGAAGGAAAGACCAGGGACUUCUAAUAAUAAGCUACAAACGAACAUAGAUGCACCAGAACCUUUUAAAGGUGGCCUUAAUGAGGAGGAAGUGAUUGCUGAGCUACAAUUUAUUAUUGAGCAGGAAGAGAUUGAUCUAGAAAACACUACAUCAUCAAUCAGUAUGAGCUCUAUAAAAGAGGAGCCCUUAGACCUCAAACAAUUUGAGUCUCACGAGAAAUUGUUGUCUGAUAAAGAUCUGAACAGUGAAAUCAAACUUCUUACUAAUUCUUUAAGUGAGGAUUCAGACCCACUAAAGAUUGACGAUGAUGCUCUAUUCUCGCGAACAAAAUCGUUUAGUUUCAUGUCUUCCACUCGUCAAGAAGACGAAAGUGUUGAGCAUGCUGUAGAUAAGGUAUGUCUUUCAUCAGAAAAAGAAACAAACGAAUCUUGUGGAGUAGCUGUUGUUGACAAAUUUUCGGGAUUUUCCCGCGAAUUAAUAAAAGAGAAGCCUCAUGUUGGUAUCAAAACAAAAAACAUUCCCUCAAAGUCUGAAAAAGUUAAAUUCGAAUCGACUGUGUUGAAUUCUGAGGGGAACAAACUUUCUAAAAAUAACAAUUCUGUCUUUGCUACUACCGAUACAGCUAAGAACCCAGCGUUCGUAGAAGAAUUGGAACUUCCAAAACAUGGUCCACUUCUGGAGUCAGAGAAAGUUGUAUCUGAGUCAGAUGUAAUUAACUCUGAGGAAAAAGAGAUUUUUGAAAACAACAGUUCUAUUUCAACUUCUUCCGACAAAACUGACAGUUCAAUGAACGAAGAAGAAACCCCAGAACCUGUUCGAACGUUCACACCGCGACCUAGAUCACCUCUUGGUUUCAUCAGGCCAAUCAGAACCAGCUUCUCUGCAAACACCCUUGCCUACCUUCAAAAUAAAAAAGUAAAUAUAACCUCUCCAACCGAUGGACUUAAUGCAAAGAUAGGAGCCAUAUUCGAGAGGUCAAGGCCCUUUGAUUUUUUUAGUUACGUCACAGAUUCAGAAACAUCCCCAACAGAUUCAGAAGCCGACGUGAGUAACACUGUGCAACCAAGCACAAACAUAUCUCCACUUUAUGAUGGCCCUAACAUAUUUACCUUAACUAAUUUGUCUACGGAUAAUGUGUUAGAACCUCAAGACUCACUAGUUGACUCACCUGAGGUAGUGGAUACCUCUGGGCUGCUCCCGGAUCAGAGGCCAUAUUACAAGACUGUUGUGAUAGACCCUCUGUCACCUGAUACUUCUGCUACUGGAUCCUCCUCUGAGGACACCUCGAACUCGUCUCAAUCAGAGAGUUUCACUGUUUCGAAUACCAGUGAGUCAUUUCAUCAGUGAAUUAUUUCUGUUUUUAGUAAAAGAAUUGUGAUCUAGCCUUAUCAAUCCUUCAAUCUGUAUUUACGUUUGGUAUGUGAUGUUUAAUUACUGUUUUUUGAAAAAUGAAUAUCUAGAACAGCAUUUAUGCUGUGGUGAUAACCACCGUGGUAUUAAUUUUGUAAAUGAAAUGUUGAAACCUACGAUGACUAUAACUAUCAGUUUGAUUAAAAUUUAACUUUAAUAUAUAC